GCAUCGAUAUCGAUAAAAUCUUAUCAAUACCCAUCCCUAGUGGCCACUUACUGUAUAAGUAAAGCAAAUGUGGCUGAACAAAACUGUAACGAUGUUAACAGUGCCCUCUUAAUGAACUAAUGAGUAAAUGUUUUGUUGCAUAUUUUGCAGAGAAAACACAGAAAUCAUCUGGAGAGAUACAAAGCCCUCACUUCAACGGCCCCAAAAAGAAAGGCAGACGGAGCACCACCACAGCAAGGCCCAGCAACCAAACAAGCCAGAUUAUGGGGCAGCAUGCCAGUGUCCCAGGCCAGUGUCGAUAAAAAAAUCCUUAACUUUAUUGUGCAAGGUCUACAUGCAACUAAUACAGUGGAACAGCAGGGGUUUAUAGAUCUCAUUCAGCAUCUCCAGCCCAAUGUAAAUGUCAUGUCCCGCAACACUGUAGUCAACAAAAUUCAGAAAGCCUCUCUUGAAAUGAGAAACAAUCUGAAAGCAGCAAUGAGUGAAACUGACUUCAUUGGCACUACAACGGAUUGCUGGACAGCAUACAGGCGUGGAUUUCUUGGCGUAACAGCGCAUUGGUUAGACCCUCAGAGUAUGACCAGACGGUGCGCUGCCCUAGCCUGUAAACAGCUGAAUGGGCCACACACCUUCUCUGCCCUUGCCAGUGCAUUGAACGAAGUUCACUGUGAAUUCAACAUCCAAGACAAAAUCACACGCACCACGACUGACAAUGGGUCCAACUUCAUAAAAGCUUUUAAGCUAUAUGGGCAAACUGAUGAAAACAACAACCCAGGUCCUAGUGUCAAGAGUGCUGAAGCUGACAAUGGUGAUGGGAAUGAUGAAGAACAGGAGAGUGAGGGCAUGGAGUUCGUCGAGGCUGGAGCGAUACUUGACGAGGAUGACUGCCUGGAAUACCAACUACCCAGACACCAUCGCUGUGCUUGCCACCCUCUUAAUUUGGUGUCAACUGUUGAUGUUGAGGAGGCCAAUGUCAACAGCACCUACAAGCGGGUUUCAUGCUCAGCUUUUUCGAAGUGUUGGGGACUUUUGAACAAAAGCGCAAGAUCUACCACAGCAGCAGAGGUCAUCGAAAAGAACUGCAAACUGCAGUUAUUGAGGCCAAAUGCAACAAGAUGGAAUUCCUUGUUCUUGGCGGUGGAGAGGAUCAUCAGAAUUACAAGGGAGCAGGGAGAAGGGGCUAUCACAGCUGUAUGCAGCGCACUGAAGAUAGCCAUGUUCACACCUGUUGAGCUUGCAUUCCUGGCCGAAUACAUGAAGACCAUGGCCCCGGUGGCGAAGGCCCUGGAUGUCCUGCAGGGCGAUACGAAUGUGCAGAUGGGCUGGUUGGUGCCAAUGAUCACAAUACUCAAGAAUAAGCUCCAAAACCUCCGCCUUUCCACCAAGUUCUGUAGGCCUUUAAUUGAUGCUCUACUAAAAGGCCUUGAGAAGCAUUUCGAACACGUCCUCACAGAACCAGAGCUGAUCGCUGCUGCAAUUCUCGUGCCCAAAUUCAAGACCAGCUGGACAAGUUACGACUACACCCUGAGACUCGGCCUUGACUACAUCAAAAGUCACUUGAAGGACCAAGCUGAAGACAAUCAAGCUGAGAGCUUGCCGCCUCCUUCUUCUUCAGAGGAACUUCUUUUCUUCAAUCAAACAGCCCAGUUCCCAAGAAAAUGCCAAACAGCUGGAGACUUACCUUGGCUCCCCAGGUGAUACAAUGGAAGCACUCCAGCUAUUUGCAACCUUUCCUUGAGGCUUAACACUGCACUCCCAGCCUCAGCUGCAUGUGAGAGACUCUUUAGUGUAGCGGGACUGAUCUUCCGUCCAAAAAGGGCACGUACUGAUCACAAGAACUUUGAGAAUCAGCUUCUUUUGAGGCUCAACAAAGCAUUCUGGUAGUCUUAUUGGGUAUGCUGUCUUGCUUUUGCUACUGACGCACACACCCUCAUACACAGUUCUUGAGUGUCCAGUUUCUGAACACACACACCCUCUCAAAGGUGUUGCUAAAAGGUGAGGGUAAAGGAUGUGUAAUUAAUUUCUAAAGCCCUGUGCUGCUGUGAGGGCUCAACAGCAGACACACUAGGAUGCAAUUAAGAGGAAUACGAGGUCUGUUAGUAAAGUAUCGGACCUUUUUAUUUUUUUCAAAAACCAUAUGGAUUUGAAUC